AUCAGAGUCAGACUUCCGAUCGAGCAUGUUUCAAAUUACCUUCACGCUAUGAGGGAAAUCAUCUACAUCCAAGCAGGCUCAUUUGCAAACUACGUAGGAACACAUUUUUGGAAUACGCAGGAGAGCUAUUUCACCUACGAAGAUGACGAUGAACCUAUCGUAAACCACGACCUUUCGUUCGAAGAGGGACGAAGUCCUCAGAAUCAACCAACUCUUUGUCCGCGCCUGUUGACAUUUGACCAGAAGUCAAACUUCGGGACACUCGCAAAAACGAGCCAAGCUGAUAUAGCUACCGAUGCUUCACUUGAUACGACCUGGCAAGGAAGGGUAGUUCGCGAGGCACAAGAUCCGAUCCCUCAAAGCGAAUAUCACGCCCGUCUUGAAGGCGAACUAGAAGAAAGCGAUUUGGAACGCACAGACCCAAAUAUCAGAUACUGGUCAGAUUAUAGUCGCGUUUUCUUCGAUCGGAAAUCUAUACAGGCCAUCCCUGACGCACUGGAAAGUAUCGAGGCUGGGUGGAGUGUCGGUCAAGAUGUCUUCCAGCGAUAUAACGAGGAUACAGAGCUCAUGGAAGGAGCGUUUCGUCUGCUCGUCGAGAACUGCAAUAACUUCCAGGGCUUGCAAAUGAUGCACGAUACACCCUCUUUCGGGGGUUUUUCGCAUGCUUUUCUGACUUCCUUCCGCGACGAGUUUCUCAAGGCUUCUACGCUAAACUUUAGCUUCCUCUCGGGCGCAGACCCGAAUCAUGCUGGCAUCGACAAUUUUCUCGACACCAAGAGAAUUAUAAACGACGCAUUAUGCUUGCAAAGCUUGCAUCAGCUUUCGGAUAUCACUUUCCCAAUACUAAAUCCGUCCCGAUGGUCUGCAUUGGAAAGUAACCUAUCUCAGGGACUUUCCUAUGAUAAAAAUAGCUUGUAUCAUACGUCUGGAGUCAUCUCGUCGCUGGUAGAGACUGCUACGCUGCCACUGAGACUUAAAGGCAGUCAGGAGGACAUCGCAAUGAUCGCUGACCACUUGAACUGGCGAAAAUGUUCUCGAUUAGGACAACUGGGUGGCAUAGUCCCCCUACCUUUUUCUGCGACAGAGGGAACGUUCACUAAUCUGUACUGCAACUUCUCGACUGGUUCGUCAAAUAAGGACGAGCGCGCAGUUUUCGCGAGGCGAAACGUAACUCGAGGGUUGCAGGAUAAAGACCUGGCAGCAUUCGAUGCAUGGUGUGACUUGUCAUCGCUACAGGAACCUCUGGAUUCCAGCAUCCAUGCACCCGCUUAUCCCGUACCGACAUCCUUUCCGUCCAUAUUCCGGCACACUAGACUAACUUCGAUUAGGAUGGCUUCAUCGCUUGUCACAGCACCUUCUACAUCGAUCCCGCUUAUGGGGUAUGCUAGGUUUGUGGAACAGACUGCAAGGAUGAGAAGGAGUGAUGGUGUGCUUCUGAGCAUGGGCCUGGAGAGCGAUGACGUGAAAGAGCUUGCUAGUGCGUUGUGGGAGAUCGUCGAUGGGUACGGGAAUGACAAGAUGGAUGAAGGGAAUGACUGAUAACGAAAAACAUCAUCUUAUUCGAGAUAGUACUCUGCAGCAACCCGAAACAAGUGGCAUAGGAUUGAUUAUGUUAGAUACUUGAAGGGUAACCAAAUAGAGGG